ACCCGCCCUGUUGUCUAAAGCUUAUAAGUCAUUGGUUAAUCUUUGUGCCUGUCACCGAAGCGUCAGAAUCUUUCCUGCUUCUUUUUAGGUUGUCUAGGAGCUGUCAGCUGUGCCUUGUGUAGUUUUUUUUUCUUGCCACUGGUUUGCAGCUCAUCACAUUAAGGCGCAAAUCUUAUCGGCGUCCUGAUCAGAAAUCACAAAGAAAAGCUUCGUCGCCUGCCCAAUGUCUAAGGACUGCCGCAGCGAAGGCAGGCGGCGUGGAGCUGGCCAGCACCGGCUCGGCCCGGCGCUUGAUGGCAGGGAGAGAGCGGGGAAGAGAGCGGGCCCAGGCGGGGAUGGGAGGGAGAGAUCGGGGAGCAACAGCUCGGGAUCAUCGCAUGGAGGAGGCAAAGGCAGGAACACUCCCAUCAACCUCGCCCUGAAGGCUUCCUUCCAGCGCUCCAACAGCCAUGACAAGGUGAGGAAGAUUGUGGCAGAGGAAGGCCGCACCGCACGCAACCUGAUUGCCUGGAGCGUGCCUCUGGAGAACAAGGAGGACGAUGGAAAAUCAAAAACGCAGUCCGCCGGCAAUCCAAGGUCACAGCGAAUCGGUGCAGGGCUGCACAGAAACAAAAAGCAGAAUGCAGGGGUCUCUCUGGACAAGAAUGCGGACAAGAGCCCCACCAAGGCCAGGCAGCCUCGGAAGGUGGACCUGAGGGCCCGCUACUGGGCCUUCCUCUUCGACAACCUGCGACGGGCCGUGGACGAGAUCUACGUCACGUGCGAGUCGGACCAGAGCGUUGUGGAAUGCAAGGAGGUGCUGAUGAUGCUGGACAACUAUGUACGGGACUUCAAAGCCUUAAUUGACUGGAUACAGCUCCAGGAGAAGCUGGAGAAAACCGAUGCCCAGAACAGACCCACGUCUCUGGCUUGGGAAGUACGCAAGAUGUCUCCUGGGCGUCACGUGAUAUCUAGCCCGUCUACUGAUCGAAUCAACCCAUCGCCCAGCGCGCGGAGGUCCCUAAACUUUGGGGGCCCACCACCCACUUUGGCAGCAACGCGCCUCGCUCCUAGCGGCCCCAGCUGGGCGGACAGGGUGAAGUGCACGCAGUCUGCCCCCGCCUCCAGCCACGCCAGGCCCGGGGUCCCCCUGUCCUCCUCGCACGCCCUGCCCCCCUGUCCCACAGAGAAACCUGGAAGGAAGGACGCGGAGGGCUGGGAGACAGUACAGAGGGGGCGGCCAGCGCGCCCCCGAUCCGCCACCGUGGUGCCCAAAGCCAGCCCUGCCCCCGCGCCCCUGAGCCCGAAAGACGACAGCGACAAGGAGAACCUGGAGCAUGGCCCCUCGCCCCAGAACCAAGACAAGCCCCCCCCGGAGCCGUGCCAGCAGAAAGAGCCCGACACUGCCGAGGAGAAAACGGACAGUCAGAAGCCAGCUGUCAUUCAGCAGUCCACAGCAGACAGUCCCGGGGAUUCAGAGCCGCCUGGCAGCGCGCCCUCGCAGGAGGCCGAACCUCCCGAGAUCCACACAGACGCGCUCUGUCCUUCGCAGGGCGCGGGGGGCGCCGCCGCCGCAGCAUCUGGCCCGGGGCAGACUCCCGCUGCAGCCGUGAAACUGGAGAGCGCGCUGGACCCCACAGAGCUUUCCACUACCCAGACGAUGGCCGAGGUCCUGGCGAAGAAGGAGGAGCUGGCCGACCGUCUGGAGAAGGCCAACGAGGAGGCCAUCGCCAGCGCUAUUGCGGAGGAAGAGCAGCUGACCCGCGAGAUCCAGGCCGAGGAGAACAACGACCUCGAGACCGACAACGAGAGCGACUUCUCGGCCAGCAUAGGCAGUGGAAGUAUGUCUUGCUGUGGCUUGAACAUGGAUUGGAAUGAAGUCUUGGCCGAUUACGAAGCCCGCGAGCCCUGGCGUCAGAGCACCUCCUGGGGGGACAUUGUGGAGGAGGAGCCAGCCCGCCCCCCAGGCCAUGGCAUUCACAUGCACGAGAAACUCUCCUCUCCCUCUCGCAAGCGGACCAUUGCGGAAUCUAAGAAGAAACACGAAGAGAAGCAGCUGAAGGCACAGCAGCUCCGCGAAAAACUCAGAGAGGAAAAAACUCACAAGCUGCAGAAGCUCUUGGAGAGGGAGAAGGAGGUGAGGAAGUGGAAGGAGGAGCUCUUGGAACAGAGGCGCAGGAUGAUGGAGGAGAAGCUGCUGCAUGCGGAGUUUAAACGGGAGCUGCAACUCCAGGCCAUCGUGAAAAAGGCACAAGAGGAGGAAGCAAAGGUGAACGAGAUUGCGUUUAUAAACACUCUGGAGGCCCAGAACAAGAGGCACGACGUGCUGGCCAAGCUGAACGAGUACGAGCAGCGUCUGGGCGAGCUGCAGGAAGAGCGCCAGCGGCGGCAGGAGGAGAAGCAGGCGCGCGACGAGGCCGUGCAGGAGCGCAAGCGGGCGCUGGAGGCCGAGAGGCAGGCGCGCGUGGAGGAGCUGCUGAUGCGGCGGCGGGAGCAGGAGGCGCGCAUCGAGCAGCAGAGGCAGGAGAAGGAGAGGGCGCGGGAGGACGCCGCGCGCGAGAGGGCCAGAGACCGGGAGGAGAGACUGGCAGCCCUGAGCGCAGCUCAGCAAGAGGCGAUGGAGGAACUGCAGAAGAAGAUACAGCUCAAGCACGACGAAAGCAGUCGGAGGCACAUGGAGCAGAUUGAGCAGAGAAAGGAGAAGGCCGCAGAGCUAAGCAGUGGCAGACACAACAACACGGACUACGCCCCAAAACUGACACCUUAUGAACGCAAGAAGCAGUGCUCUCUGUGUAAUGUCACGAUUACCUCAGAGGUGCACUUAUUCAGCCACAUCAAAGGGAAGAAACACCAGCAGGCAGUGAGAGACAGCAGCAGCAUCCAGGGGAGGGAGCUCUCCGAUGAGGAAGUGGAACACCUGUCCUUAAAGAAGUACAUCGUGGACAUCGUGACCGACAGCUCUGUCGCCGUGGAGACAGUGAAAGACGGGGAGGAGAAGCAGAAGGCGAGGAAGAAAGCGAAGAAGCUUCGAGCUCGGAUGAGCUCCAGGGGAAAAGAGUAUGAGACCUCUCUGGAAGCAAAGGCUCACAUCCCUGACUCUCCAUACAAAGCCAAGCUCCAGCGACUGGUGAAGGACUUGGUGAAACAACUCCAGGGGCAGGACAGUGGUCAGUGGCCGAGCAACAAGGUGUCGGGCCUGGACAGGACUCUGGGCGAGACCUCCCGCAUCUUGGAGAAACAGAACAAUGCAGAUCAAGUAGCAUUUCAGGUCGGAGGAGGACUCUCGGCCCUGGAACAGAUUCUGCAGGUAGUCACGGCAGCCUCUUCCCUGACUGCAGUCCCUCGCAUUCCUCUGAAAACCCUGUGCACAGCCAUAAAUACCUACUACCUAGCAUGCAAUACCUGCUACAGCAAUUGCUCUUACAUCCUGUUUGGUAACAAGAUCACCUUCCUAAUGGAUCUCCUCAUACAUCAGUUAACGCACUACGUCCCCGAUGAAGACCAGUCUAUCUGUGGGCGGAGUGUGAAUAAGCAGGUCUUUGAGGGGCUGACGACGGGACUGCUCCAGACCAAUGCCGCAGUCCUGGAUUUUCUGCUCUCUUCCCCUCCUGAGGGUGGCACUCCUUCCAACACACCCCGGGUAUCGCCACAGGAGACCAGAAUCAAGCCCACCUGCGCUGAGGCCUUCAACAGUAGAGUACAGGAUCUGAUCAGCUAUGUGGUGAACAUGGGCUUGAUUGACAAGCUGUAUGGCUGCUUCCUGUCUGUGCAAGGCCCAGUGGAUGAGAACCUGAAGAUGGCCGCCUUUCUCCAGUACGGUACCGCGCUGCUCCAUGGGAUGUGCAAGCUGUGCUUCGCUGUGACCAGCCGUUCCCCCAGCAUAUUUGACAACAAACGGCAGGAUCCAACUGGACUGGCUGCGCUGCUUCAGUCCACAGAUUUGGUGGGGGUGCUGCACAUGCUGUACUGCAUCCUCCUACACGGGGCCACGCAGGACCCCAACACAGCCAGUCCCGUGGAGGGUUACCCCCAGAGUGUCAUCCAGGUGGCCAUCCAGAGCAUUCGCUUCCUGAACAGCUUUGCUCUUCUGGACCUCUCAGCAUUCCAGUCUGUUCUAGGUGCUGAGGGUCUCUCUCUGGCCUUCCGCCACAUUAUCAGCUCCCUGCUGUGGUACUGCUCCCACCACACCUGCGAAGAGCUACUGCACGAGGUGAUCAUCUGCGUGGGCUACUUCACCGUCAACCACCCCGACAACCAGGUAAUCGUGCAGUCUGGCAGGCAGCCCAGUGUGCUGCAGAAACUGUGUCAGCUGCCUUUCCAGUACUUCAGCGACCCGCGGCUCAUCAAAGUGCUCUUCCCCACACUCGUCUCCGCCUGCUACAACAACCCCCAGAACAAGGUCAUCCUGCAGCAGGAGAUGAGCUGCGUCCUGCUGGCCACGUUCAUACAGGAUUUUGCUCAGAGCUCAAGCCAGACAGAAAACAGAACAUCCCAGCAAGAAGAAAAAGUCUCUCAGUCUCUGGACUACCUCGAGCUGUCAAAUCGCUUCCCCCGAGAGCUGUGGGAUGCAGCACUGCAGUUUUUCCUGAAGAAGAAGGAUGAUUGAUUCUGUGCAAUGGAUUGUCUUUUCUAAACAGACCAAUUAGCUUGAGCAAAUUCUCAAUGAAAAAUGUUACACUACAACCCCCAAAAAAAUCAUGUUUUGCUUUGUGUUUUCUCAUAUGGAAGGCUAACUUCACUGCGAGGAUUUGUUUAAUGAUAGUCUCACAUGGGCACUUAAAAUUCAGCAGACACGACAAGCUGUUUUCUUAUGACCUUGCCCAGUGUUUCUCAGCAGUGUCACAGAUAGAAUUAAAAGGGGUGACUGAAAUACUGGGGUAUUUAACUGGAAAAAAAACACAGAAAAUAGAAAGCACAUUUAAAACAAAUUAGUAAUUGGUUUGUGAGUGAACAGCUCUUUUGAUAUAUAUUCAGUACUUGGUUUCAAAAAGCACUGUUAUAGAAAGGCUGGGCAGAUUUUCUUGAGUUUGAAGUUUCUGGAUUUUGUAUUCCAUUAUUUUUAUAUAUACAUUGUUUUCUGUAAUUUACACUGUUCAUGUGUCUAGGUGCUGUACAUAAUGUUCUCUUUUUGUACUCAUGAGCCAUUUGAGGUUUUUGGGGUUCCUCAUUUGAGUGUGAAGAUGCCACAUGUAAAGUCUGCAAUACAAAGCACUGCAACAGAAUAUAAUUUAUUCCAUAAUUUAAGUUUGUAUCACAUAUAAUAAAAUAAUUUAUUCAUUACCCA